AUGGCUGCAAUUAAAGACACAAAUGCGAUAGCUGAAGCGGUGAAAGGACUUUUCGGGUUGGUGAGAGGGGAGCUGGCAGCAGUGAAGGGGGAGCUGGCAGCAGUUAGGGAGGAGGUGGCCCGACAGAAUGAGCGAGCGUUGAUGCUGGAGGAGAGGAAUGCUGUUUUGGGGAACGAGGUGAAUGAGUUGAGGCGGGCACUAAGGGUUGUGGGAGAAAAGAGUGCGGCGACUGCUGCUGUGGUGGAAGAGAGGGGGAGAGAGUACGCAACAGCAAAGGGGGAGGUGAUUGGAGUCAGGGCCAAGUUGGCAGAAGUGAAUGGGAAGCUGGCUGCAGUGCAGGGUGAGGUGACAAAAGUGAAGGGUGAGGUGACUGCAGUGAGAGGGGAGGCUGCUGAGCACAAGCAGUUAACUACAUUGCAGUUGGAGGAGGCUGAGAGGAGGCGAGUGGAGGUGUUGAGAGGGAAGGUGGAGGAGAGGGAGAGGGAGCUGGUCGCAGUGAGGGUGGAGUUGGCUGAACACAAGGGCGCUGUGGCAGAGCAGCUGGGUGUGGCCGAGAGGAGGGAAUCAAAUUUGAGGAAGCUAAUAGAGGAGGCAAGAAAGCGAGAGGUUGAAAUUAUAGCAGAGCUGGAAAGGGAGAGGGGGGAGAAGAGGAAGGUGCAGGAGGAAUUGGCUGCCUACAGGAACCACUUGGAUGUUGACCGGGAAAUCAGCCAGAGUGCAGGCCAUCGGAAGACAGCAUGGGAGCAGGAGCGGUUUUCAACCGAGCCCACGCAGGAAGCAGCAACUGGCGCUCCCGGCUACGCAGUAAGCGGCGGAACUGCUGUCUCUGCACCCGGUUACGCCGGCGGUGGUUACGUGGCAACGGCAACAGGCCCAGGUUUCACCUGCACGGCCCAGGAAUUCCCCACUGCAGGGGGAGGUGCGACGGGCGUGGCUGCUAUGGGGGGAGGGGGAACGGCUGGGGGAGAUGUGGGGGCAACGGGGGGAGGGGAUACUGAGAUGAUGGGGGGAGAUGUGGGGGGAGAUGUGGGGGGAGAGAGUAUUGGCGCAAGGGGUAGGGCUGAGCGUGCUGGUGGUACUGAGAUGAUGGGGGGAGAGAGCAUUGGUGCAAGGGGGUCUGCUGAGGCUCCUGUUGGGGAGGGGAAGCUUGCAACGGGGGUUGGCUCCAAGGGGGGUGAUGUGACUACUGAGAAGAAAGAGAAGAAGUGGUGA